AAACUCGCCGCCCUGUUCGGGGCUACUAUGUGGGAAUAUAGCCUACUGGUCGCGAAGAGAAAAGGAUACCAUAUCCACUGAACCUGCUAUUUCAGCUCGCGGUUGAGCGCGCGGAAGAAACGAGGUUCAUACGCGGCAGCGAACAGUUGGGAAAGGCGAAUAUUUUAUGCAUACCUUCCUUCCAGCCGUUAUCUUUCAGCUCCGUGGUAGAGUUAUGAAGUGACAUAACUGACACACUGUGUCAUUUGAAGGAAAGACAGUCUAUUCAUAGGCUAUCUACCGGUGGAUGCACGGACCCUGUGGCUGCAGUCCUGAAAUUCCUUAGUAAGCUGGCAGGUGAGGGCCAGCUGAGUGGUCAUGGCUGAGGCAGGCCAGCCGGAGAGCAGCGGCAGCAGCAGCCUGCAGAGGAAGAAGCCGCCCUGGCUCAAGCUGGACAUCCCCAACACGCAGCUCUCCCUGGACGAGGCCCCGGCCUUCGUGCAGCCGGUGAAGAGAGGGGCUUUCUUGCGAAGUGCUAGCAUGCCAGCGGAACACACGCACCAUGGUUACCCAAGUUACGAACCCACUGACCCCAGAAGACCUCCGCUGCAACGCCAACCCUCAAUUACACAGACCAUCAAGAGUGAGAAAAGGGUUCGCUUUGAGCGGGUCAACACCGUGCCCGUCAAAGGCCAGCGGGCAAUCCGCUACCCGACACGGAGACGCCAGUCCCUGCCCAAAAUCGUCCUCAGGGGCACGGCCGACUGGUUCGGGGUCAGCAAGGACGGCGACGCCACGCAGCGAUGGCAGCGGAAGAGCCUGCGCCACUGCAGCCUGCGCUACGGGAAGCUGAAGCCGGCGGUGAUCCGUGAGAUGGACCUGUCCAGCCAGGACAACCUGUCCAUGACCAGCACCGAGACGCCCCCGCCACUCUACGUGCCCGCCGCCCAGCAUGGCAUGCAGAAGAUCGUUGACCCGCUGGCGCGCGGCCGGGCCUUCCGCAUGGUGGAGGAGGUGGACGGCUUCAGCGUCCCGCACACGCCCAUCACCCCCGGCGCCGCCUCGCUCUGCUCCUUCGCCAGCUCCCGCUCCGGCUUCGGCCGGCCCGCGCGACGACGCAAACGCGAGUCCGUCGCCAAGAUGAGCUUCCGCGCCGCCGCCGCCCUGGUCAAGGGUCGCUCCCUGCGCGAGGGCACCCACCGCCGGACACACCGCCGCAGCUUCACCCCCGCCAGCUUCAUGGAGGAGGACACGGUGGAUUUCCCCGACGAGCUGGACACCUCCUUCUUCACGCGGGACGGCUUUAUGCACGGAGAGGAGAUGUCCACCUACGCUGACGAGGUGUUUGAGACGCCGUCGGAGGCGGCCAUUAAGGAGGCGGAGGCCAGUCAGGUGGAGGAGAGCGAGCUGACCGGCAGCGCGCUGGACAAGAGCGAGCUGGAGAGGAGCCACCUCAUGAUGCCUCUGGAGCGGGGCUGGCGUAAGGGGAAGGAGGGCCCGCUGGUCCAGCCCAAGGUGCGCUUACGGCAGGAGGUGGUGAGCCUGAGCGGGCAGCAGAAGCGGGGCCACCGCAUCGCCGUGCCCGUCCAGAAGCUGUUCGCCCGCGAGAAGCGCCCCUACGGCCUGGGCAUGGUGGGCAGGCUCACCAACCGCACCUACCGCAAGCGCAUCGACAGCUACGUCAAGAGGCAGAUCGAGGACAUGGAUGACCACAGGCCCUUCUUCACCUACUGGAUCACGUUUGUCCACCUGCUCAUCACCAUCCUGUCGGUGUGCAUCUACGGCAUCGCCCCCGUCGGCUUCUCACAACACGAGACCGUGGACUCGGUGCUAAGAAACAAAGGAGUUUAUGAGAAUGUCAAGUUUGUACAACAAGAGAACUUCUGGGUUGGACCCAGCUCAGAGAAACUGAUCCACCUGGGGGCCAAGUUCUCGCCCUGCAUGCGGCGGGACCAGCAGGUGCACGAGCUGAUCCAGGAGAAGAGGGAGCAGGAGCGCCACUCGGCCUGCUGCGUCAGGAACGACCGCUCCGGCUGCCUGCAGACCUCCCACGAGGAGUGCUCAAGUACGCUGGCGGUGUGGGUAAAGUGGCCCAAUCACCCCAGUGCUCCCGUCUUGGAGGGCAAAGUGCGCCAGUAUGGCUCUGUAUGCCACCAGGACCCCAGGAUCUGUCUAGAACCAGCCUCAGUGUCUCCUCACGAUUGGCCUGAUGACAUCACUAAAUGGCCUAUCUGCACCAGGUACAACACAGGGAACCACACCAACCUGCCCCACAUCGACUGUGCCAUCACCGGCCGGCCGUGCUGCAUCGGCACCAAGGGCAGGUGUGAGAUCACCUCCAGAGAGUACUGUGACUUCAUGACCGGCUACUUCCACGAGGAGGCCACUCUCUGCUCCCAGGUGCACUGCAUGGGUGAAGUGUGUGGCCUGCUGCCGUUCCUGAACCCAGACGUCCCAGACCAGUUCUACCGCCUGUGGCUCUCCCUGUUCCUGCAUGCUGGGAUCCUGCACUGUCUGGUGUCUGUGUUCUUUCAGAUGACCAUCCUGAGGGACCUGGAGAAGCUGGCCGGUUGGCUCCGGAUCUCCAUCAUCUACAUCCUCAGCGGCAUCACGGGCAACCUGGCCAGCGCCAUCUUCCUGCCCUACAGAGCCGAGGUGGGUCCGGCGGGCUCCCAGUUUGGCAUCCUGGCGUGCCUGUUCGUGGAGCUCUUCCAGAGCUGGCAGAUCCUGGCGCGUCCGUGGCGCGCCUUCGCCAAGCUGCUGGCGGUGGUGCUGUUCCUGUUCGCCUUCGGCCUGCUGCCGUGGAUCGACAACUUUGCGCACGUCUGCGGCUUCGUGUCGGGCUUCUUCCUCUCGCUCGCCUUCCUGCCGUACAUCAGCUUCGGCCGCGCCGACAUGUACCGCAAGCGCUGCCAGAUCCUGGGCGCGCUGGCCGUCUUCACGGGCCUGCUGGCCGGCCUCGUGGUGCUCUUCUACGUCUACCCGGUCAAGUGCGAGUGGUGCGAGCUGCUCACCUGCAUCCCGCUCACCGACAAGUUCUGCGAGAAGUACGACCUCAACGCCCACCUCCACUGAGGCCUUUUUUUCCACACCUUUGGAAGGACGGGAUAGAGAACGAGAGAGAGAGAGAGAGAGAGAGAGAAAGAGAGGAGGAGAGGAAAGGAAGGAGGACAUGUGGUGGGGGGGAAGAGAAGUAUGACCUCAACGCCCACCUCCACUGAGGCCUUUUACCGGGAAGAUGGAGGGAGCUGAUGAAGAACAGAGGGAUGAGCGAAGGAGAGAGAAGAAGAAGAAUGGAGAGGGGGAGGCACAGUGAUAGUGUCACUCACCACUCCUCACAGCUAGCCUGAGUGUAUAAGCUCUAGACUAGUAUGGCCUCCAUGGCAUGUGUGUGUGUGUGUGUGUGUGUGUGUCUUUCAACUACUUUUUUUUAAUGCACUUCAUGAAACAGACCGAGUGUUGUAUGUUUUUGUUAUUUGUUUGUUGUUGUCGUUAUUGUUGUUGUUGUUGUUGUUGUUGUUGUUAUGCUAGAGUCUCAGAGAUACUGUAUGUCUUUCCCCGGGGGGAACAGACCCAGAAAACAUGCCGUUGGUGCCUUGCCAAUGAACGUACAGUUCCAAAACCAACUAUUGCCAUAUCGAGUAUGUUCUCACUAGACCUGGGCACAGCAACGUUAACCUGUAACGUGUGUGUAUGUAUGUAUGUACUGCAGCUGCAGUGUUGAUGAAUGUCUGGUAGUGUUUUAGCUACCUGCUUAUCCGCAAUGGAGAAUAUAGCAA